AUGAAUUCUUUAUUAAUUUACCUGAUCCGAACAAAAACUGCAAAAGGAAUGGAAAUAUACAAAAAAUUGCUUUAUAUGAGUUGUUUUAUGGAUUUAAUUGUUUCUUUUUGGACAUUUAUUGUUCAACCGAUUCCUUGUACCGACCGCGGUUAUCGAACUAUAAUGAUGAAUGGAGUCUUCCGAAAGUCGUCACAACCAAUUCGUUAUGCUGUUUAUCUUACUUGGAUACAAUUAAUGGUUUUAAAAAUAUUUUCUCAAUAA